AUGUCUGUUCAGCUGGGCUGGCUCCAAACUUACAUCCAAAACCUCCGAAAUUGUGUGGGAGGCACCCAGGCCAAUUCGACCAUCUCCAGGGCCCUCUUCAUCUUUAGCGUUGGAUCCAAUGAUUUCUCUUACAAGAAUCUCAACCCGGCCGUCGCUGGCCUUAGCGAUGCGCAGUACCGGCAGCUGCUCGCUGCCUACCAGCUUGGUGCUCGAAACUUCUUCGUGUUUGCUCUUGGGCCACUCGGCUGCACUCCAAUCUCCAUCACUCUCCAGUGUGGAGCAUUUCCAAAUUCAUUUUGCAGAAGGAACUGUAACGAGGGCACGAAUCAACUGGUGUACGCUUUCAAUCUCGCGCUCCAGGCAAUGAUUCAGAAUCUCCAAAGCACACUGGCCGGUUCAAAGUUCUACUUCACCGUUGAUGCUUACAACGUUACCUAUGAUGCCGUGAAAAACCCUGCAAAAUACGGUUUGAGGGUAGUUGAUAGAGGCUGCUGUGGAUUUGGCUACACAGAGAUUGGCGAUGGAUGCAAUAGAUUCUCGUUUGGGACGUGCUCCAAUGCGUUGCCUUUCAUUUUCUUCGAUGCCAUUCAUCCAACGUCCAGCUUCACACAGAAGCUCGCACCAGGAACUUACACACUCCUGGGAAUCUAACUAGUGGACUUGCUAGAAUAUUUUAGCAUACUGUAUAUUCAUUAAAUAAAUA